AUGUGGAAGUUCGUCAGAAAUUUGCAAGCUGCGGUGGUUUUAGCAACCAUAGCAAUGGCUGUUAUGGCACAUCCCUCAACUCAGCAAGCCGUGACGAAGCUUCAUGUGAAAAAUGAGCUAUGCGGUCUCAGACUGAUAGUGCAUUGUGCAUCCAAAGACGACGAUCUUCGUGCCCACGUGCUCGACACGGGCUCUGCUUUCAGUUGGGAGUUCGAAUCGGUGAAUUUCAUUCGUACAACUGUUUUUUGGUGCAACCUCGCAGUCCGGAACAACCACCUUUCUUUCACCGCGUAUAACGCGGCAAAGUAUAAUAGACAUGAUCAUUGGGUUGUCAACGAGAAGGGAGUUUUUACUGAAGGACAUCGUCUGAUUUCUGAAUGGAGGUAUGGAGCGUUGUCUGUCGAUAAAUCACAUUGUAACGGUAUCUUCCUCAAGGAUUUCAUCACUCAGAACAGUCCCAUCCCCCAGGAGGAUUCAUCAGUUGCUGACUGGACUGAUAACAAUGGAAACUGGGAUUGGCCGAAGCUUCAGACCCUCCUCCCUCCUAAUAUCCUCUCCCUUAUUGCUGGAAUUGAACCCCCAAAAAGCAACCUGGGAGAAGACAAAUGCAUUUGGGGUUUAGAGAGGGAUGAGAGGUUUAGGCUCAAAUCAGCAUAUAAGCCUGCUGCUGGCCAGCUGGAGACAACUGAAGAGGGUUUUUGGAAGAAGCUAUGGAGAUGGAAAGGGCUAAGCCGCACAAAACACUUCCUUUAG